AUGUCUUCAUCCAACACCCAAAAGCCCACCCUCUCCAGCAUCUUACCCACCUCUCAACACAUCUCAGAAUACUCCGACGCGACCAUGGCCGACGCACCCGACUCCCCCGUCCAGACGACUUCCUCCCAGAAAUUCCAAUCCCCCCAGCAUUCGCAAAGCAGUAAAGCAAAUGGCGCAGAGAAGAGCAGCGGUGCUCCGGGCUCGAGUUGGAAUACCAAGAAGUUUAACGAGGAGUACGAUCGUGCUAUGAUGAGCGUGGUUGAUAAGGAUUGGGAUCAUGGUGAGUUUUCUCGAUUUCCUGGCGGGGGGGUGAAAUGGUCAAGAGAUGAGGAGCAAGGCUGA